AUAUCAGGGAGGAUAUUGGGGAUGAUGGGUUGGUAGUACCAUCAGUGUGCCCUCGUAACCGCUGGAGAGAAGACGACAGCUCUCGCAGGGAUCAUGCCGCAGCUACAACACUCGCUCUCCGUAACGGUCUUCAAGAAAUCCAGCCCAAAUGGAAAGAUUACAGUGUACCUGGGGAAAAGAGACUUUGUCGACCACCUAACACAUGUGGACCCAGUAGAUGGCGUCAUUCUGGUGGACAAAGAAUACCUGAAAGACAGAAAAGUGUUUUCGCACAUUCUAGCAGCAUUCCGAUAUGGGCGGGAGGACCUGGACGUGUUGGGGCUGACGUUCAGAAAGGACCUGUACAUCGCCUCUGCCCAGGUCUACCCACCGGUGCAAGAAACACAGAAGCCUCUAACCAGACUGCAGGAGAGGCUCAUCAAAAAACUGGGACAGAAUGCCUAUCCUUUCUUCUUUGAGAUGCCCAAAAAUGCACCAUCAUCGGUGACGCUGCAGCCCGCCCCAGGGGACACUGGGAAGGAAACACCAUGUGGUGUGGACUACGAACUGAAGGCAUUUGUUGCAGACAUGUCAGAUGAAAAACCUCACAAAAGAAAUUCUGUACGACUUGCCAUCCGAAAAGUGACAUAUGCCCCCUCAACGCCUGGACCCCAGCCCUUCGCAGAGGCCAGUAGAGAAUUCAUGAUGAGCGCCAACCCUCUACAUCUGGAGUGUUCGCUGGAUAAAGAGCUGUACUACCAUGGGGAGCCCAUCAACGUUAAUGUGCAGAUUACCAACAACUCCAACAAGACAGUCAAGAAAAUCAGAAUAUCAGUUCGACAGUUUGCUGACAUCUGCCUGUUCUCCACGGCCCAGUACAAGUGUCCAGUUGCCAUCCUGGAAACAGAGGAUGGUUUUCCUGUAGGCCCCAGUCAGACGUUAUCGAAGGUGUACACAGUCUGUCCGCUUCUGAAGAACAACCUGGACAAACGCGGACUGGCGCUGGACGGCAAACUAAAGCAUGAGGACACCAACCUGGCCUCGUCUACCAUCAUGACAAAGGACACAACCAGAGAGAAUCUUGGGAUAGUUGUGCAGUACAAGGUUAAAAUCCGACUGAUUGUGGCCUAUGGAGGAGACCUGUCUGUUGAGCUGCCCUUCACCCUGAGCCACCCCAAACCUGAGACCCCACCUCCCAGCCCCAAACCUGACAGGGCACAAGAAGCACCAGUGGACACAAACCUCAUUAAUCUGGAAACCAGCGAAACCCCGGAUAGUUACGGCAAGGACGAUGAUGACAUAAUCUUUGAGGACUUCGCUCGCAUGCGACUUAAGGACCACGAAGGGGGCGACACCGAAGCAUGAGGCGACUCACGAAAGCUCUCUCUCUUUCUCCAUCAGUUCCGCAAAGUUGGUGUCACCAUUUUCCUUCUAAACAGAACUGCCUUCAGAUGGUAGGGAGUUCCCUAGACUGCCUUGUAGAGAACAACCAUUGGUAUUGCUUGAUUGAAGUUUUGAAUUUCAAUCCAACAGAAGAAAAAAUGGAUUUUUUGAUGGACCAUCAGCCUUCUUCAGGUUGACUGACCCACUGCUUUUGUCACAUGACCUUAGAUGAUAUUUGACACCUGUAGGGGGUCAGAGACGCCUGGAAGUCUGCACAGGGUUGAAAGUUGAAACUUUGAUUAUCUUACCGACCAACACAGCUUGAUUUUCAUGCUGAUGACAGUGUUGUUUGUUAGAUAGACAAUGGAGUUACGCAUAUACUACCAACCACCUAGCCAAUAACCAAGACUCAUUAUGUGUAAUAUUGUGACAAAUGAUUGUGAUGAUUUUGUAACUGCCAUGCCAUCGUGUGAAUAGUCAGUGAUGAGAAAGUACUGUACUUUCGUCUGCAAUGUAUCAUAGAAUCUCAGUCGAUGGCUACGUACAAGUACUAGUAUACUGCACAUUUAUAUCAUGUUCAGAAUCUAUCUAGGAUAACUGUCUUGUAGAGUGGAUGUUUUGUAUGAAUUUUCUAGAGUUGGUACAGUCACAUAGGUUAUAGUCAAGUAUUCUUUUCAUGAAUCCUGAUAAUCAAAAUCACAAUGUACAAUAUUCUUCAGGUAUUCUUUUUCCUGUUUGAUUCAGGUUAUGUUCAUCAAUUCAACCUGUAAUGCAUAUUGCUUAAAUUUAACUUAAUCAUUUAUAAAAUUAUGUAUAUCUAUUAACAUAGUAAAUUAUAUAGUUACCAUAAACAAGAACACUGUCAGUACAAUUGCUUGGGACCACUCCACUUGAUUCAACAAUACUAAAUGUCUGUUCUAAGACUGAUGAAAAUGCUAUAAUAUUAUCAUUAUUUCAUACCAUAAACUAACAUUAUCAGAAUUCAUGAAAAUGAGUAAACUAACUAUUGAAUGUCUGUCUGCAUAUGUUCUAUUUCAAGGUUGACACCGAACCUUUGUUGUUAACAAGGAGUUUGUAAUGUCUUGUCUGUUCUGCUCUUGUACAGUUGUAGGUUCCAGGCCAAGCUUUGUGAAUCCGACCCUUACAUUUUGUAAGGUAUAUAAAUAUAUAUGAAUGUGUGACACAGCCAUCAACCGUAUGCUAAAAGUAAUACUCCUGUUACUCUCCAGACUUUGUACAUGUACGUGAAUAAUGUGCGUUUUUUGACCGCAGAUGGACCUCUCUAUUGUUGUUUUUAGAGCACUUUUUUUAAAGGGGAGUGCAAAAGAUGUAAUGUGGAGGGGUAAGAGUGCUCCCAAGGUGAUGAGCAGAAAUCUUUUACCUUCUCCCUUUUGGUCCUAAAUUUGGAGCAGGGAGAAGGUUUGUCAGUAUAUGAGCGAUCGCAAUGACGUCACGGUGACGCAGUGGUAGGCAAAAGGCAGGUGUUUGGCAAAAGAUUGAUUUACAUAUUAACCUGUAAUUUGAUCGGCUAAUCUAAAUAUCAAUUUUUAAUCCAAUCUGCUGACGUCCUGGUAGGCACCAGCCGUCGAAUACCCCGGAUAUAAACAACAACAGUGAUCGCUCGUAUACUGAUGUAGACUUUUGAUAUGGAGCUUUGACAGUUGGGAUUACUUACCUUCAUUGCAGGUUUGUGAAAGCAAACAGUGUUCCGUUUUACCCUUGAUUACUAGGGAUGCCGCCAUCUUGGAUUGUCAAAGUAUAAGUUCAAGAACGCCGUCUUCUUGAAUGAUUUUAAAAUAUUGAUGAGGGAAAUGUUGAGUUACGAAUGAAGGGGGGCACUUUCGAUAAACGAAAGCAGUUGGACCAAGUGUGAUUUUUUUUCAGUGAACCACCCAAAGAAAAUCUUUAUAGUAUUCAAAUCUAGUGUUAUGCAAGCUAGAAUCUUGUUUCUUUGCUGCAUUCAUUGUGUGAAAAUCAAAAAUUUAUUUCUAUAGUAACUGUUAAAAGCAAAAGCCUAGAAAAAUAUAAAUCAGCUAGCAAUUUUAUUCCUGUAGUAAGUAUAAAAAUUCUCACUUGUCCAGUAAAAGUAUCAGAAAUAAUGACAGUAUAAAGGAUAUGAUCUUAGGUAUGUAUGAUAUAUUAAGUAAGAUAUGAUAAAAACACUAGUGAACAAAUUGCUUGUGCUCAUAAACACAUUUGGCUGAAAAACUUUACCCUUAUUAAUCCAUAAUUAUAAGGUAAUGCUGAGGUCGUAAUAUAUAUUGUGAGCUUGUCCCUACUACUAGUACUAGUUACAUGGACAUAGCUUUGUGAAUUGUUCCUUAAUUGCGCCAUGUUAUGUGAACUUUCCAUGCUUGGCUCUCUUGUACACAGAAUAAGAAACCCACAUCGCUACAUAAGAUGUAGUUAGCCAAACUCAAUAGGUUAACAUAUGAGAAAACCCCAGUCAUCGUACUAUGAAAUAACAGAUUUUGAUGUUCGGUUAGUACAAUAUUGUGUCAUCCUCAAACAUACUAGGUAGUGUUGAGUGUAAAGUUUUGUUUGUCACCUCAUCAGGUUUUGUAAAAUAAAGUGCAACCAGUUAAGUAUAGUGUCUAGCAACCCAAAUACCAGAUAUUUUAUAGUCAGAUUAUUCUUGUGGUAGAGCAUUGAUUGUCACAGCAUACAUUGUACUGUAUGAGUCACAAUCGGUCUAGGUUCCAAAUAUUCCAUGACAGAAUGAACUAAAUGUGUUGUCCAUAAUCUAGCAUCAUAUGAAAUUAUUGUGUAUAAAUAU